AUGUGUAGGGGAGAUAUAUUCUCCCCCAGCCGCCUCUCCCCCUCCAUCCCCGGCCCGGCCGUGCCUCCCCUCCCUCCCCCCGCGCGUCUGCUCCGGCCGGGUUCAGCAGAGCGGGCUGUGGGCAGCCCCUCGGCGGAGCUCGGACAGGCGGACGUUCGUACGGACAGACAGACGCGCAGACACACGCACACCGCGCUGCGAGCGGGUGCAAGCCCGGAGGCGAUCCUGGAGAACAACCUUUCCCUGUCGCUGCUGCCGGCUCCCGCAGGGCUGGACCCGGGGAGCUGCGUCGCGGAGCAAACUUCCCCCAAAGGGCUGAGCUCGCCGGCCUGGUGCCUGCAGCCGGAGCCGGCCUCCGGCUUGGCGGGCAGGGGCCAGGUGUCCUGGAACAAGUGCGGCCCGGGGGGAGACUGGCUGCCCGGCGGCCGGCAGAAGGUCUGCGAGCAGAUGGGCUCCGACGUGCGAGACCUGAACGCGCUGCUGCCCUCCGUGCCCUCCCUGCCGGGCAACAGCAACUGCACCAUGCCCGUGAGCAGCGCGGCGCAGUGGGCGCCCGUGCUGGACUUUCCCCCGGGGGCCUCCUACGGCUCGCUGGGGCCGCACUCCUUCAUCAAGCAGGAGCCGAGCUGGAACGGGUCGGACCCGCACGAGGAGCAGUACCUGAGCGCCUUCACCGUCCACUUCUCCGGCCAGUUCACGGGCACGGCCGGCGCCUGCCGCUACGGGCCCUUCGGCGCCCCGCCGCCCAGCCAGCCGCCCUCGGGCCAGGCUCGGAUGUUCCCCAACGGGCCCUACCUGCCCAACUGCUUGGAGAGCCAGCAAGCCAUCCGCAACCAGGGUUACAGCACCGUGGCCUUUGACGGCACCCCCAGCUACGGGCACACGCCGUCCCACCCCGCCGCCCAGUUCACCAACCAUUCCUUCAAACACGAGGACCCCAUCAGCCAGCAGCCCUCCCUAGGGGACCAGCAGUACUCGGUGCCUCCGCCGGUGUACGGCUGUCACACGCCGACCGACAGCUGCACGGGCAGCCAGGCGCUGCUCCUCCGGACGCCCUACAACAGCGACAACUUGUACCAGAUGACCUCACAGCUUGAAUGCAUGACAUGGAACCAAAUGAACCUGGGAUCCACACUGAAAGGACACACAGCGGGAUACGAAAAUGAGAACCACAGUGCUCCCAUGUUGUACAGCUGUGGGGCUCAGUACAGAAUACACACCCAUGGGGUCUUCAGAGGCAUACAGGACGUGCGGCGCGUGCCCGGCGUGGCUCCCACCAUCGUGCGCUCGGCCAGCGAGACCAACGAGAAGCGUCCCUUCAUGUGUGCCUACCCUGGCUGCAACAAGAGAUACUUCAAGCUGUCCCACUUGCAGAUGCACAGCAGAAAGCACACUGGUGAGAAACCCUACCAGUGUGAUUUCAAAGACUGUGAACGAAGAUUUUCUCGUUCAGAUCAACUCAAAAGGCACCAAAGACGACACACAGGUGAAAAGCCUUUCAGUUGCCGGUGGCCCAGCUGUCAAAAAAAAUUUGCCAGGUCUGAUGAAUUAGUUCGUCACCACAACAUGCACCAGAGGAACAUGACUAAACUGCAGUUGGCCCUUUAGACAGUUCAAACAAGUGACAAAACCAGAUGGGACAUUAUAAGCUACUGCAAACGUUCUCAGCCAUCCUCGAUCACCUCUGUCAGAGAGCUGCAGCUGCCUUCGCAUCCUAUCUGACACAAGUUAACUAAAACGUAGGAUUCUGCUCAGCCUGCCCUUCCUUUUGGAGCUGCACCAGUUCCUAGCCAAUAAGUCCAAGAGAUUUUUACUUGUGGUUUUGUACAGAAGUAGGCAAGACCUCCACAGUUUCAAGAUUACUAUAAACUGUGCUCAGCUUUCAUGUCCGUCUCCAGCUCUUUUGUGUUGUUUUCACUUGAACUUUUCCAGGUACAAAUUGCUGUACCUUUUUAAUUCCUGCAGUGGGUAGGAUGAUUCCUCCCUGUUGAAGGUCUGCUCUACACUUACAUCACCCCUGCAUAUGCUGAGGCUCCUGAAUGCUAGUACAGCUUUCCUCACAAGAUGAAGGAACAGUCACCUGAGACACUUCUGGUAACCCUUUUAGAGUUGGAAGCUCUGCUUUUGAAAUUUCACUAGUCAAACCUUUUUUUUAAGGUUGUCUUUCUAGAGCAGCUAAAGUCAGAUGAACCAGAGCCUCUCUGUACAAAAAAAAUAAGAAUCUUACCAUUAAGUUAACUUGGAUUUUAAAGAAUUGCAUAACUGAACCCUUAAACCUGUUUUGUUUGUCAAUUAGCUCUCUCUUUCUCUCUCUCUCUUUUUAAUGUAUUGGUUUAAAUUUAUUCUAUCACGAGAUGCAUAGAUCUCCUUUACACAAAACUAAUUUCAAUCAUUGUAGACAUUUGGGAUUUGUUUACAAUGUAAAGCCACACUGGUUAUGUGGCUAGCAAGCUGUAUAAACUUAAAACUGAACUUCUAAUGGGGCUGGUCCAGGAUCUCCAUUAACAGAUUUCUCUUAAGAUAAGUAACUUAAAAAGACUCUUUGUCAAGUAUAUGUGAAAAAGACAUUAUUAGUGUAAGGAAAUAUAUUAUUUCAGGGUUUUGGAGGAGGGGUUUAUUAUUUACUUUUAAUUGCUUGAAAUUGUGUGUAUAUAUAUAUAUCUGAUAAUGUAUUGCUCUUAGACAUCUCCAACUAGAAAAUGUAUAAAUAUUAGAAGCAUCACUGUUCUGAUGUUGUUGCUGUUACGAACUAUUGAUAACACUAAGAAUGUAACCUGCAUUUUUCACUGAGCUUUCAAUUAAAGCCCAUUCAAAGAGAAACAAA